UGGCUGAGGAGUGGAGAAUCGAAUCAGUUGUCCAGAACAACAAAACCAUUCGGCUGUGGAUGUGUUCUUUCACGUCUCUAAAAGACCACAUCACGUUGUCAUCAUGUCAACACCGAUUGUUUCACUAUUAGAUGCGUGGGAAAGAAACAGGAAUGCUCGAGUGAAGAGGAGCCAAAACCUGAAGCUAUGGCCUCAUCAACUGGCAUUACUGAGAGAACCCAGUGUGGUGGGAUCUCUCGCCCAGCGGAGUGCGAAGAUAGCAGGCCGACUCCUCCCGACAGACGGCACCAAUGUGUUUCGCCGCUUCACGCCGGAGUCGCUGGCAACUGGCGAGCGCCGGAUGGAGGAGGAAGCCGCUGAGCAGAAGCGCAGAAAGGAGCAGAACGGCAACGCCCCUACGAAGGAUGAGGAGGAUGAGAAGAACUUUCCCAAACCCUACAGCGACCUGGAGGCUGGGAAGGCCCUGCCCUUCAUCUAUGGAGACCUGCCGCCAGAGCUGUGCAACAUACCACUGGAGGAGCUGGACCCCUACUACCAGGCCCAGAAGACAUUUAUCGUCAUCAACAAAGGGAAUACCAUCUUCAGGUUCAACGCUGAACCAGCCUGCUGCUGUCUGCUAUUGAGUCCCUUCAAUAUUGUCAGGCGGGCAGCCAUUAAAGUGCUCAUACAUUCAUUGUUCCGCAUGUUCAUCAUGGUAACUCUUCUAACAAACUGCGUGUUCAUGACGAUGAGCAACCCUCCAGAAUGGAGUAGAAUUGUGGAGUUUGUUUUUAUUGGUAUCUAUACAUUUGAAGCAACUAUCAAAGUGCUAUCCAGAGGAUUCUGUAAAGGAAAGUUCACAUUCCUUUGUGAUGGAUGGAACUGGCUUGAUAUCACGGUCAUCACCACAGCGUGCAUCAUUGAGUUUGCUCAUCAUGUGCCUGUGCUGAGGACUUUUCAAGUUCUUCGUGUCUUGAAAAUUAUCCCUCUAUUUCCUGGUCUGAAAACCACUGUUGGCGCACUGAUCCAGUCUGUGAAGAAGUUAAGGGAUGCAAUGUUUAUCAUGCUGUUUGGUCUGGCUCUCUUCGCCAUGCUGGGCCUCCAAUUAUUCAUGGGCAACCUGCAGCAGAAGUGCGUCAUAUGGCCACUGGAUCUCAAUAGCACAAAUGAGCACUUCGACUAUGGGGCAUACCUCAACAAUGCCAGUAACCAUUACUUCCUGCCGGGUCAGUUAGACGCGCUGCUCUGUGGAAACUGCGUAGACAGUAGUGUUUGCCCUGAAGGAUACAACUGCCUCAAGACAGGACACAACCCAAACUAUGGCUACACAAACUAUGACUCGUUUGGCUGGGCCUUCCUGGCUGCCUUCCGUCUGAUGACGCAGGACUUCUGGGAGGAUCUUUUUGUGAAGACUCUCCGUGCAGUGGGAAAAACCUACACAAUCGUCUACAUGAUCAUGCUGUUUGGCUCUCUCUAUUUCAUCAACCUCAUUCUGGCAGUGGUUGCCAUGGCGUAUGUUGAGCAGAAUGAUGCUACCAUUGCUGAGGCCAAAGAGAAGGAGGAGGAGUACGCUAUGAUUCUGGAGCAUCUGAAGAAUCAGGAGGCUGAGAGACGAGGCAAAAUAGCUGCCAGCAAUAUACCCCUGUCGAAUCAGUACAAUAAGAGUGGAGGGACAGAGGAUGAGCAUACUGAUGAUGACCGAAGCCUUGGCAAGGAUGGAGAGGUCAAGACAGCCCUAAAGGACGAGGAGGUGCCAGGGAUGCAAGAGGCGACAACCAGUGCUGUCAGUGCAGUGAUAGCAGUGGAAAACACCAUGGACGACCUUGAGGAACUUCAGAGGCCAUGUUCCCCUUUGUGGUACAAGUUUGCAGACCUCUUUCUUAAGUGGAACUGCUGUCCUCCCUUUAAGAAGUGGGUCUACUUUGUGAUAAUGGACCCAUUUGUGGACCUGGGCAUCACUAUCUGUAUUAUGGUCAACACUAUUUUCAUGGCCAUGGAGCACUAUCCAAUGACUCAUGAGUUUGAGAAUAUGCUGUCAGUGGGGAACCUGGUAUUCACUGGGAUUCUAACAGUUGAGAUGGUUUUCAAGAUCAUCGCCAUGGACCCCUAUUAUUACUUCCAAGUGGGCUGGAACAUCUUUGACAGCAUCAUUGUGACCUUGAGCCUGUUGGAUCUGAGUCUGGCAGAUGUCAAGGGCCUGAGUAUGCUGCGCCUCUUCCGUUUGAUCCGCAUCUUCAGACUGGCAAAGUUCUGGCCUGCCUUAAACCUGGUGCUCCGUGUCCUCGCCAACUCUGUGAGUGUCCUAGGCAAACUGACUCUCAUCCUUCUCAUCACCGUAUUCAGCUUUGCUGUGGUGGGCAUGCAGCUGUUUGGCAAGAGCUACAGUGAAUCUGUGUGCAAGAUUGCACAGGACUGUGUGUUGCCCCGCUGGCACAUGCAGGACUUUUUCCACUCCUUCCUCCUCAUCUUCCGCAUCCUGUGCGGAGAGUGGAUCGAGACCAUGUGGGACUGCAUGGAGGUGGCUGGUCAAGGCAUGUGCAUAGUCUUCUACAUGAUGGUCAUAAUCAUUGGUAAACUGGUGCUUCUGAACCUCUUCCUGGCCUUGCUGUUCAGCUCCUUCAGUGGAGAUAACCUGGCCCCACUGGAUGGUGAUGAACAGAAAAACCUCCAGAUCGCCAUUGGGAGAAUCACCUGGGCCAAAGUCUUCAUCUUUGGGUAUGUUAGGAGGCUUCUUGGGCUGAAACCCAAAAAGGGUGGGGGGGGAGAGGAGGAUCACGUCAACAACUUGGUUCUGAAGCAUCUGGACUCAGACAAGCCUAAGCUAAAGAAAGUGGACAACAAGCAGGGCGCCAGCGAUGAUGGAUCCUUUCUGAACACUCCCGUCCUCAACGUGCCGAUCGCCAAGGGAGAGUCAGACUUUGACACUUACGAUGAUGAUGGUACUUCAGGGAAUGAGCAUAAAGCAGAAGAUGAUGAGAAAACUAAGCAGGAGGAUCAUGCAGAUAACUGUUCAAAAAGCAGUAUGGUGGACAAGGGUCCUGCUAUAAAGGAGAUGAAGGAAGAGAAAAGGGCGGACUUGCCUCAGCCUCAGGAGUGCCUCACCGAGAAUUGUAUCCACUGCUGUCCUUGCCUGGCCCUCGAUAUCACCCAGGGUAAAGGGAAAUCCUGGUGUACCUUUCGGCGCACAUGCUAUUCCAUAGUGGAGAACAAGUACUUUAAGGGCUUCAUUAUUUUUGUGAUCCUGCUCAGCAGUGGUGCUCUGGCCUUUGAGGACAUCUACAUUGCAGAAAGACAAACCCUUAAGAUCAUUCUGGAGUAUGCCGAUCAGGUGUUCACAUGUAUCUUCAUCGUGGAGAUGCUCCUCAAAUGGGUAGCUUAUGGCUUCAAAGUAUAUUUUACCAAUGCCUGGUGCUGGCUGGACUUCCUCAUUGUUGAUGUUUCCAUUAUCAGACUGAUGGCCAACAUCCUGGGUUACUCAGAGCUGGGGGCAAUGAAGUCCUUAAGAACCCUCAAAGCCCUGAGACCCCUCAGAGCCCUCUCCAGAUUUGAAAACAUGAGGGUGGUGGUGAAUGUGCUAGUGGGAUCCAUCCCCUCCAUCUUCAAUGUGCUGCUGGUCUGCCUGAUCUUCUGGCUAAUCUUCAGCAUCAUUGGUGUCAACCUCUUUGCCGGAAAGUUCUACUACUGUUGGAACACCACGACAGAGGAAUUGUUUCUUCAUGAAGACGUUAACAAUAAGUCCGAUUGUUAUGACCUCAUGGAGUUUGGUAUUGAUGUUCAAUGGAAGAACGUUAGGGUCAACUAUGACAGUGUGGUCAUGGGUUAUCUUUCUCUGUUUCAAGUGGCAACAUUUAAAGGAUGGUUGGACAUCAUGUAUGCAGCAGUUGAUUCACGUCAGAUUGAACAGCAACCGGAGUAUGAAGCAAACCUCUACAUGUACCUCUAUUUCGUCAUAUUUGUCAUCUUUGGCUUCAUCACCGCCAAUCUCUUCAUUGGUGUCAUCAUUGACCAUUUCAACCAACAGAAAGCAAAGUAUGGAGGCAUUGGCAUCUUCAUGACAGAAGCACAGAAGAAGUACUACUAUGCUAUGAAGACACACAGUUCUAAGCCUCUGAAGCCUAUACCAAGACCAAAGAACACAUUCUUUGGACUGGUCUUUGACUUGGUCACCAACAAAUUCUUCGACAUCUUUAUGAUGGUUGUGAUCAUGCUCAACAUAGUGAUUCUAAUGAUGGAAACAGACAACCAGAGUGAGCAGAUGUAUGAGAUACUUUACUUCGUCCACAUUGCCUUAAUUGUGAUCUUCACCAUGGAAUUCAUUCUGAAACUGAUUGGCCUCAGACAGUACUACUUCUCUAGUGGCCUGAAUAUUUUGGACUUUUUUGUGCUGAUUAUAUCCAUAGUGGGUUUUUUUCUGGCAGACCUCAUUUGGAAAUAUUUUGGCUCUCCAGCUCUUUUUGGUGUGAUCCGACUGGCAAGGAUUGGUCGAGUUCUGAGCCUCAUUCCUGGUGCCAAGGGAAUUCGAACCCAUCUGUUUACCCUGAUGAUGUCACUUCCUGCUAUUUUCAAUAUGUGCCUUCUCCUUUUUCUCAUCAUGUUUGUUUUCUCUAUUUUUGGCAUGUUUAACUUUGCAUAUGUUAAGCGUGAAAUAAUGAUCAAUGACAUGUACAACUUUGAAACUUUUGGCAACAGCUUCAUCUGCCUUUUCAUUAUCACAACUUUAGCUGGUUGGGAUGGAUUCCUUAUCCCCAUGACCAGUGGUCCACCCGAUUGUGACCCUGAUAUGGAAAACCCAGGAUCAGAUGUAAGGGGUAACUGUGGAAGCCCUGGGGUAGCAAUAGUCUUCUUAUGCUCUUACAUUGUCCUGUCCUUCCUGAUAGUGUUGAACAUGUGUAUUGCCAUCAUCCUGGAGAUCUUCAACAAGUCCACUGAGGAAAGUACCAACUUGUUGCCCGAGGAAGAUUUAAAGCAAGCAAGAGAACGUGGCCUCCCGAGUCAUCCAGAGAGCCUGGCGCAAGCACAUCCUCCAGCACCCUGAGUCCAGAAUGAAAAUGUUAGAGCGAGUCAUAUUUAGCUGGAAUUAUUUGAGGGUUAGUGUCACCAAUUUCUAUGUGUGUACUGUGGUUUAAGUAUUGGUGCACUGGAAUAUAUGCAUUGACAUAAAAGAGUAUCUUUUAUCAUCGCUAUUGUAGUUAGAGGGUAACAAUUACUUACUUACUUACUUACUUACUUACUAACCAAUUGGUCUAGUAGUGUAACAAAUAAGACUAGUCAUUUAAGAUAUGGAUUUUAAUCUUUUAACUUUUAUUAUUUGUUAAUUUGUUAGUUUAUGUCUUGAUGUCUGGAUCCGCUGGCGAGUCACACAGAUCCAUGUGGCAUCUUCUUUUUCUUUGAUUUCUUUUUCUUUUUUUAUUCUAGUGUUUGUAAAUUGUCUGUAUUUUCACAUUUCAUUUGUGAAGCGAUCUUGGGUGUCUUGAAAGGUGCUUUAUAAAUAAAAUGUAUUCUAACCAAGUGUUAUUGAUCUUAUAUUAAGAUUAAAAAAUCUAUUUGGUAUUGUUUUUAGAAUGAAAAAACUAA